GCUACGGAGGCCGGAACGGGAGGAGGCGGACUACCGCUUCCGGGAGACGGGUAAGAUCCGGGGGCCCCCUUUGCCUUCCUCCCAUCCCCGGCCGUUUCUUCUCGGAGAAACCAUGAGCAAGCGGAAUCAGGUGUCGUAUGUGCGUCCGCCGGAGCCCGCGUUCCUGACCCGCUUCAAGCAGAAGGUCGGCUAUAAGGAAGGGCCCACCGUAGAAACCAAGAGAAUUCAGCCUGAAAUUCCCGAGGGAGAUAGUGACAGGAGUGACAAUGAAGAUGAGCAGCCACAAGUUGUUGUACUGAAAAAAGGAGAUUUAUCAGCAGAAGAAGUAAUGAAAAUUAAGCAGCAGAUAAAGUCUUCCAAAUCAGAUGAUGAACCAGCUCCAGCUGAUGGAAAAAUUAUGUUCAGAAAACCAGCCAAGCGAUCCUCUGAUGAGAAGUAUUUGGGUUUAGCAGCAAACUCCAGAAAGAAGAAAAAAGAUGAAGAAAAGAAAAAGGAGGACUUGGUUCCAAAAAAUGUUCAGAAACAAAUAAAAAAUAGUAGUCUGCUUUCUUUUGAUGACGCAGAGGAAGAAGAUGAAUAAUUGUACAUAUUCUGAACUUUUGUAUUCUCUCCUUUGCGGGUGUUUGGAGGUGUUCCGUAAACAUUUUCUUUUGGAUUUUUUCACUUUUUUAAAGAGUGGCAAAUGUUGGUAAUGUGGAAUAUGUUGAACUCUGAUGUAAUUGAAAUAUUGCAGCAAAAAUAAUAGAGAUUGCUUAAGAUGCUAGAUCACAAAUACAUGGCAUAGGUACACCUGACAACUCCUCCCCCUUCCUUUGUAAUAUUUGCAAACAUAAUACCCAUGAUCCUUUAAGUUAAAGACAGGAAGUCUGUGUAUUCAUUUAAAACUAUUUAUUAGAGCUAGAUCUUAUGUAAUUUGCUCAAUGACCUCAUGGAAGUUGUCCUGCUUUCCCCAUCUAAAAGGACAUGAUUCACUUAAUUACCUUGUAUUAUCAUAUAUAUCACAUUAAUGCAAAAUACUUUUUUUUUUUACUUUAGUGCCUGCAACUUCCCUCAAACAUUAAAACAUCUUUUAGCUUACUUGA